CCGCUGUCAAAACAGCAAGCCGAAAUUUCAUUUUGACGCGUCAAAAACGGAAUAUCAGUGGAGUACAUUUGCAUUACAGAUGAAAAUUGCAGUCUUUUCCUGAAAUAGUGUGAAAUCCGGUAUUCCGAAGUUGACGGAAUCAUCUACAACUUCUUGACCAAAAGCCUAUGAUGAAUCCGUAUGGUUUUCUCUAGCGCUUGAUUACGCUCAAGAAGAGAUUGAUGUAUUGUUGUUAAUGAGAUUAAAACCUCUACUGGAGUUCACGACUGGCCUCUUCCUUCUUGGUUGGUUUGGUUGCUACUUUUUACACACAGGAAUUUGUUCUUUUCGCAAGCGCACUCACGUAUAUUCCUCCGUAAAAUUCCAAUAAGUUUGCUAUUCCUGUUUUCCUGCUCGGAACGAAGCUCACUGGCUACUACUGCACAGAGCCUUCGGCAUCCUAUAUCGCUAAACAACUCUAGGAUUCUAGGAAACUAGAGCGCACAAAAAUGGCUAAUAAGAUGGUCGGGAAGGGUAAAUUACCCGUCGAAUCAGAAGAUGCUCAAAAAUUGAGAUUCCAAGUUGAGUUAGAAUUUGUCCAAUGCCUUGCAAAUCCAAACUAUCUGCAUUUUCUAGCGCAACGCGGAUUUUUUAAGGACAACGCAUUUAUUAAUUAUCUGAAGUAUCUGCUCUACUGGAAGGAUCCCGAAUAUGCCAAGUAUCUGAAGUAUCCGAUGUGUCUGUAUUUUCUGGACCUGCUGCAAUAUGAACAUUUUCGACGGGAAAUUGUCAAUGCACAAUGCUGUAAAUUCAUCGAUGAUCAAACGAUUCUGCUCUGGCAGCACUACACUCGCAGGCGAACGAGACUUUCCUCUCUGGGAACAACUAGUCUUACUGGGUUGGCUGUUGGAGGUCAGCCUGUCGGGGGCGGUGUGCAGGGUACACUACUUUCCAAUGAACCCGUUCCGUUGGCCACUAACAAUAAUAACACCAAUAGCACAAAUGCAAACAACAUUCAACAGCAACAACAGCCUCCUACGCAGCAACAGCAACAAAACGGAGGACCUAUGGUCCAGCAAAAUGGGUUGCCAAAUAACACCGGAAUGCCCGGAGUCGUCUUAGGUGCUUCUGGUGGAGGAAAUAUCAGCGGUCAAAAGGUAUCCUAAGCAGGCAGUUCGAUAUGUACAGCGUUUCGAAAAGUUUAAGUUUUCUUGUGUAAAAAGACUGUUUUUAAUGCUUACAAUAAAAUUUAGU